GUUCUCAUCUGCAGGAAUUACCGUGGAGAUGUGGACAUGUCGGAGGUGGAGCAUUUUAUGCCGAUCCUUAUGGAAAAGGAAGAAGAGGGGACGCUUUCUCCCAUUCUAGCACACGGAGGAGUUCGUUUUAUGUGGAUUAAACAUAACAACCUCUAUCUUGUUGCAACUUCUAAGAAAAAUGCUUGUGUAUCACUGGUGUUUUCAUUUUUAUAUAAAGUAGUUCAGGUUUUUUCUGAAUAUUUCAAGGAAUUGGAAGAAGAGAGCAUUAGGGAUAAUUUUGUUAUUAUUUAUGAGUUGUUAGAUGAGCUUAUGGAUUUUGGUUAUCCACAAACCACUGAUAGUAAAAUUUUACAAGAGUACAUCACUCAGGAAGGCCACAAACUUGAAACUGGAGCUCCACGCCCACCUGCCACUGUUACAAAUGCUGUUUCGUGGAGAUCAGAAGGGAUAAAAUACAGGAAAAAUGAAGUGUUCCUGGACGUUAUAGAGUCUGUUAACCUUUUGGUCAGUGCCAACGGAAACGUGUUACGGAGCGAGAUAGUCGGAUCCAUUAAAAUGCGAGUCUUCCUCUCGGGAAUGCCGGAGCUGCGCCUUGGUUUAAAUGACAAAGUUCUCUUUGAUAAUACAGGCCGUGGCAAAAGUAAAUCGGUAGAGCUGGAAGAUGUAAAGUUCCACCAGUGUGUUCGUCUCUCUCGCUUCGAAAACGACAGGACGAUUUCUUUCAUUCCGCCUGACGGAGAGUUUGAACUCAUGUCCUAUCGUCUUAAUACCCACGUCAAACCACUGAUCUGGAUUGAAUCUGUGAUUGAAAAACAUUCCCACAGCCGCAUCGAGUACAUGAUCAAGGCAAAAAGUCAAUUUAAGCGUAGAUCGACUGCCAACAACGUGGAGAUUCACAUUCCAGUUCCAAACGACGCAGACUCGCCAAAGUUUAAAACCACUGUUGGAAGUGUCAAAUGGGUUCCAGAGAACAGUGAAAUUGUCUGGUCCAUUAAAUCUUUUCCAGGUGGAAAAGAAUACCUGAUGAGAGCUCACUUUGGACUUCCAAGUGUUGAAGCCGAAGAUAAAGAAGGAAAACCUCCCAUUAGCGUAAAGUUCGAGAUUCCGUAUUUCACCACUUCAGGGAUCCAGGUUCGCUAUUUGAAGAUAAUCGAGAAGAGUGGCUACCAGGCUCUGCCCUGGGUUCGAUACAUUACCCAGAACGGAGACUACCAGCUUCGAACACAGUAGAGCACCUCACCCGCACCACAGACGACAAAACUUCCGGCAUAGAAUUUGUUUGCAGAAGCUUCUGUGGUACCGAGAGCUGUGGAUGUUGUCGCCAGGGGUCUUGUUUCUGCAAUCUUGGAUUGGCAAGAGAAAGAUUGGAAAUUUACCGUUUUCAAUAAUGUGUUUGAGCAUUUGAACCAUUAGUAUUGAUUGUGUGAAUAUUUAUUUCAUUCUUAGAACGUGCUGAUCUUGCUGCUAAAUGCUAAUUACCUUAGGAGUAGCGGUUACCUUGAGGAGCCAGGAUGAACCUUGAGAAUGUCUUGUCGACGCCUUGUCUGUUAAAUUCACCAAGUUUCUAGCAUUUGUGUUUUAGGAUCUCUGAAGACAUUGGCAGCGUUACGCUACAAAUUAGGGAGAUGAUUGUGCAAUUAAAUGACUGCUGAACACUUAGUUGUAUUUA